CGGAAGUGCCCCACAGGCAGGGACCGGUCGCUAACUAGUCUGAGUGUAGCCUUUGUUCAGGCGGCUUAAGGGAAGUUAGCUGCCCCACCUGUACCUCUCCACACGCAAGCUUUUUAUGCCUUGGGAGUGUCUUUGAAGCAAGAUCCUAAGAAAUUGUCCUUGAAUCAAUCCCAGAUAGAGGAUUAAGCUCCUGAUAAAGCACACAAUGGCUGCAGCCCUGGAACCUGAAGAACAAAAAGGACUUCUUAUGGUUAAUGCAGAGAACCAUUACUGGGAACAGGACUCCAUCUCACAAAAGUUUAGUCAUUGUAGGAGAGAACUCUUCAGGCAGCACUUCAGGAAGCUCUGCUAUCAGGAUGCGCCUGGACCCCGCGAAGCUCUUACCCAGCUCUGGAGGCUCUGCCGCCAGUGGUUAAGGCCUGAAUGCCACACCAAGGAGCAGAUUUUAGACCUACUGGUGCUGGAACAGUUCCUGAGUAUUCUUCCUACAGACCUGCAAGAAUGGGUGCAGGCACACCAUCCAGAGACUGGAGAGGAGGCAGUGACUGUGCUGGAGGACCUGGAAAGAGAGCUUGAUGAACCCCAAAAGCAGGUCCCAACUAAUUCAGAAAGACAGGACAUAUUCUUGGACAAGUUGGCCCCUUUUGGGAUGCCAGAUGAAUUGCAGAUUGUCCAACUUCAUCCCAAGAAGACCCAACUGGAGCAGGAAUCUGAGAAAUUACAUAGGAAUGGUGACAAAACCAAGACUGAGAAUGAAGAGUUAUCCCACAAAGAAGAUAUGCCCAAUGAUAUGGAAUUCCUUGGGGAGAUAAAUGACAGAUUUAGCAAAGAUCUUCCUCAGCAAAAUGAAUCCAAAGAUACUAUUGAAAAUGAGGGUAGGUUAGACUGUCAACAAAGGGAAAGAAGACAAUAUAAAUGUGAUGAAUGUGGAAAAAGUUUCAGUCAAAGCUCAGCUCUUAGUAAACACAGGAGAAUUCACACUGGAGAGAAGCCCUAUAAGUGUGAUGAGUGUGGAAAAGCCUUCAUUCAACGCUCACAUCUCAUGGGACAUCAAAGAGUACACCUUGGAGUGAAACCCUAUAAAUGUAAAGACUGUGGGAAAGAUUUCAGUGGGCGCACAGGUCUUAUUCAGCAUCAGAGAAUACACACUGGUGAAAAACCCUAUGAGUGUGAUGAGUGUGGAAGGCCCUUCCGUAUAAGGAAAACCACCAGGAUCAUUUUUAUGCCUACUACAAUAGGAAGAUGAAUUUUAAGCAUUCCUUCUAAGACCAUAAACUGAUUUUUUAUGUGUUUUGAACAUAAUGCUCUUUAAAAAAAAAGUAAGUUUGCAUUCAUUGUCAUAUUAUCAACUGAUAAAUUUUUGAAAUGAUCCAUUUCACACUAAUACUUGUUUUAUGAUUUACUAUAAUUGAGUAAUAUUUCAAAGCAUUUGAAACAAUUAAGAAAGGCCUUUCUCAAUGAUCCUGAAGGAAACUAUUACAAAUCUUUAGUAUUAGAAACAUCCUUAAAGUAAAGUAAGAUGCUUAUUAAAUAAUGACUCUUUCCUUUUACCUUUAGUCUUGAUAAGACAUAAUAUAAUGCUUAUAAGCUAUUUACAAUCUUUAAAGGGAAAACUCAUGUUUCUGAUCUUAGGUGUCCUUAAAUUUAGAGAGACUUCUGCAAUAAGAAAAGGAGGAUCUUGUUUACUACAAGAUUAGAUUUCCUAAUAUUAGCAAAAACAUGACUGAAUGAUUUUCAUUUAUCAUUCUCUAUAUGGUAGUACCUUCAAUUCAGCUAGUAGUUUUGCAUACCUGCUCCAUACUAAAGAAUUGUUCUAGUCUUUUAUACCCUUAAAGACUUAGUGAAGAGCAGUUUGGAGCAUUACAACCAUGCUACCCUUUUUAGGUUUGCUGUGGAUUCAAAAUUACCCCAAGUAAUUUGCUCUAGUGUUAACCAAAGGUAAUGGUAAGUCAGGAGGGACAGAAAGGUAUGGGGCCAGAGACAUAUUAGAGUAAUGUAGGCAAAAGAAAAGAGGUCAAUGGAUCUGGGCUCACUGCAUGCAAAGGUGACAUAAACUCAAAGGAGAUCUGGAGAAGCAAACAUUGUCCUAGGAAGUCUGUAGAAACCCACAGAAGAAAGAGGUAAAGGGUACAGUCCAUUGCAAAGAAUAGCACUGAGUUCAGUCACCACUAUAAUUAUUAGAAGAAAAUAUUUAAUAUGUCAUAAACUCUAAUCCGAAAUCACUAGGUUAACAGAAAACUAUCCUAGAUGAACAGCACCCAUAGGUAUACUAAAAGAAACCUGAACAUGGAAGGCAGUUUCUUAAAGAGUUGUGUUAGAAGCAUUUGUGUUGUUGCUUCUCCCAUCUUUGGGGGAAGAAAAGGCAAGAACCUGUAUUUUGUAAUUUUCAGGAAUAGGACAGUAAGAGGCAGUUGUAGGAAAUAUGGGGGGCAACUCUUAUUAGACACAGAGCAUUGGUGGAAAACUGGUAAUUCUGCAUUGAGUGAGCUGUUUAAGUCAGUUUUGUGUUGUUAUAACUAAAUACCUGAGGCUAGGUAACUUAUAAAGCAGUUAAGUUUAUUGGGCUCACAAUUAUGGUGUGUAGAAGGUCCUAAUAGCAUUAUCGUGGUAAGGGCUUCCUUGCUACAUCACAACACCAUGAAGCAGAAAGGACCAACGUGUAGGUGGCCUUCCUUUAAGACAAUCCACUUUCUCAAAAAUCUGAUCCAUCUCAGGAGGCCUGACCCACCCUCAACACACAGCAUUAAUCCAGGCACGGUGGCACAUGCCUGUAAUCCUAGCAGUUUGGGAGACUGAGGCAGGAGGAUCACCAGUUCAAAGCCAGCCUCAGCAACUUGAGAGGACCCUAAGCAACUUAGCAAGACCCUGUCUCAAAAUGAAAUAUAAAAGGACUGGGGAGGUGGCUCAAGGGGUUCAGUGCCUCUGGGUUCAAUCCCCAGUACCUCCCCCCAAAAAACAGUAUUAAUCCAUUCAAGAGGAUAGAGCCCCAUGACCUAAUUACCUUCCAGUAGGUCCCACCUCUUAAAGGUCCUACCACCUCAACACUGCCACACCUGGGUGCAGGUUUCUAGAACAUGAAUCUUCAAGGGGCAGGCCACAGUAGGAGCCAAUAGUUAUGAAUAGAGAAAAUAGAUGAGUAUUGGGGGAGAGGGCUGUAAGCAGUGUAAGGGGAACAAAGAGGAAAAAAAACAAGAUAGAGUAAAAAGGAACAGAAAGGAAAAGGGAAUUUUUAAAAAGGCUAAGGACAUAGGGAAAGAAAAAAUAAGGAAGAGAUAGGGAAAGAUAGAACAGGGAGACAAGUAAUUCUAAUAUAUUGGCAUAUUAAUAGUUUUGCCAGUGUAUCGUAUGAUACAGAUCGUCCAAAAGUGAACACAAUAGCUGUUUGAGUGCUGUUUGGUCAUUUUAUUCCCCCUCAAAGUUGCUUAAAACAGUUAACUGGUGUUUGGCCUUCAUGAACUCACUGCAUUGUUGCUGUUAUGUUCUUAGAUAAUACCGAUAGUGUUACCAGUUACCAUAAUUUUGAACUGCUCUCUAAAUACCUAACUCCAACACCAACCCGGGCAGUCCAGCCUAUCCACUGGUGGAGGACACCACUCACCCUCUUCCUCAUACAGCCGCUCACCUGACAGACCUCUUCCUGGGGUUUUGAGGCCCCAGAGCCGGGCCUACAACACACUGAAGUUCAGCAGGCAUCUCUGGAACCUUUCCGGAAGUGGGUAGAGGUAAUGGGAGAACUAGAAAGGGAAUCAGUCUUUCCCAGCUCCAGAAACACAGGGGUUGGGGCCUGGAAAGAAGUCCAAGGCACCCCACACGACGAUAGAGGGAAUCAUUUUCCAGGGACUGGAAACGCACUGUCCCACAGCUCUGCCCUUGAAAGAUAAACCCACCCUUGACAUGUGGAACCCUCCGGAGUGUUUGGGGACUCACAUCUUCCACGACCUACAACGUCCUAGCCCAGCCCUCUCCCAGGGGUCGGCCCCGCAUCCGUGGCCUCCUGAGAUCGCUGAGGCCAGCAGGCCCAGGCACCAGGAGGGCUAAAGCCGAGGGGUUUUCUAGGUAGAGGAGCGGAGCGGUACUACAGAGCUCCUGCCUCCAGAGAGACGCAACCUACUAAGCAUGUCUAAGAGAGGGUUCCACUGCUGUAGUCCCCCUCGGCUGGACCGGCACCUCACUCCCAGGAAACGAGGGGGCUGGGACGUUUGUGACUGAUCAGUCUGGGGAGGGACACUGAGGAGCGCUCCCCAUUAAUAUCUCGUGGUGUACUUGCUGAUUCCCUGCCCACUGGAGUCACGGAGGUGAAAAUUGGACUGAUUUGAGUUUUUCUGAACCUUAGGGAAAAGAACCAGAGUGAAUGGGUGAAAGUGAAGGAUGUGGAAACUUA